AUGUAUUGUACAAGUACCUACCUACAUAAUCAACGCGUACAACACUUAUUCCUAUUCUUUUCAUUUUUUCAUCUCUCGUUUCACCUUAUUAUUUAUAAAUAAUAUAUAUUUCAAAGAAAAAUGAGAUUGUCUUUACCAUAGGUAUCUAGUCAACAUGGCCCGACGCCAAACUUUGAUCGCUCGCUCCAUCAUCUAUGCGAUUUUGAACGUCAAUGAAGAUGGCAGUCCCGCUCAGAAACCCUCCCUUCUGACGCGAAUCCUCCGCAUUUUCUAUCUCUACUGGCUGUCCUUUCAGCUCGUACGACAAGACUUAUUCAGUGCUCUCCGCAGCGUGUGGGAGAUCAAGGAAGAUGACUACAAAUCCAGCUUCGACAUGAAGCAGAGCGACCGGCGGAAGGCAAAACCUGAUCUAUAUCCCAUGGCUACGAUGGGCUAUAGCGGCUCGACCUUCUUUCGCACGCUCGAUAGCGCGUAUCUGGUGAAGUCGGUUCCGAGGCAAUUUGAGCACGACUUCUUCAAGAAUGACUUGAUCGGGCCCUACGUCGAUCACAUGAAGGUCAACCGCUCCAGCCUGCUCGUGCACAUCACUAACUUCCUCGCGAGCACCCACACGAGCGUGGGUGUGUUGCUCGGCUUGGCGCCAAGCCAUCACAUCGUCAUGGAAAACAUCCUGCACGGCCAAGACCAGGAGUCCCAGGCUGGCCCGAAGCAUAAAUGGGAGUCAUGGGACCUCAAACCUACGUCCUAUUUCUUCCCCGAGAGAGAUAUUGCGGGCGGGGCGUUUGCGACGGAGGCCACAAUGUCGAGACUCGCCGAUGAGUUCCAUGAUAAGAUUCGACUUUCGAGGGAUAUGGCAACGCAGUUUCAGCGGCAGCUGGAAAACGAUACCUUGCUCCUUGCCAAGUACAACGCCGUUGAUUACUCCCUCUUUCUGGUACGGAUAUCUGCACAAGACACGCCUUAUUCCGAUUUUCAGUCCCCCCCUCAAUCAGGAGAGCCAGGACAGACGGGAGAGACGGGAGAGACAGGCACCGAGCCAACCUCACCCGCUCAGCAGCCCUUUGCACCGGCAGACGCAACCAGCUGGCGCACGGGAGUCGCGUCGAGCGACGGCAAGGAGAUGUACAGAGCUGCGAUACUAGACUUCUUCUGGGCCAAGCACACGGCUCGUGCAAAGGCGAUGACGGGGCUGAUCAGAAGCUACAACCUGAUUGAUGACCAGGGACCCAUGAGCAUCACGACCGACAGCAACGAGUACCGGGAGCGGUUUUUGAAGAUGUGCAUGGACAUUGUGGAGGUGGAAGAAGAUUAAUGCUACGAUUUACGGAUACGGAAUGGUUCAUGAAAACGGUUCGGACGUUGGCGUUGGGCAUGAUGGGUUGCUCCUAUAUGGAAGUCGGAAUACCCUAUAUUAGAUUAGACUAAAUGGUCUCAUGAUUAAAGGAGCGCGGAUUAGUGUUGUUUUCUUAUAUGCACUUCUCCCUUUCAAACGCUGAGGAAAUAGACCAAGCCUGUACUUAGUCUGAGUCGAUAAGAAUUAAUGAUUGAUUCCAUGAUGACAACUAGAGUUACUCACGUAUACUACCUAGGUAGGUACCUAGUUAGUAUGAUACAACAGGAGAAC